AAUAAUACAAAGGGUACCAAUGUUGUCAAAGACUAUCUGUCUAAGAUGGAGAAGGAAGUCGGGAAGAAGAUAAAAUUACGAUCUCCUCAGACCAAUUCAGCAUUCCAAAAGCUUUUUGCGCUUCCACCUGAGGAAUUUCUCAUCAAUGAUUUUGCAUGUCACUUGAAACGCAAGAUGCCCCUCCAGGGCCGACUAUUUUUGUCUGCAAGAAUAAUUGGGUUCCAUUCUGAUCUAUUUGGACAUAAGACCAAAUUUUUUCUUCUUUGGGAAGAUAUUGAAGACAUUCAAGUUGAGUCUCCUACUUUGGCGUCAAUGGGUAGCCCGAAUGUUAUCAUGACUUUAAAGCCCGGUAAAGGUUUUGAUGCAAGGCAUGGUGCCAAGACUCAAGAUGAGCAAGGCAGGCUGAAGUUUCAUUUCCACUCUUUUGUCUCUUUCAAUGUGGCUCACAGGACUAUCAUGGCAUUGUGGAAGGCAAGAGCUUUGAGUCCCGAGCAGAAGGUGCAGUUAGUUGAAGAAGAGUCGGAAGCUAAAGGCCUUCAAAUGGCAGAAGAGGAUGCGAUAAGCAGUGACUUCCAAGCUGCAGAUGAUGACUCUGAAGGCAAAAGCCUUCAAUCGGAAGAGAGUGGAUCUUUCGUGGGUGUGGAGGAUAUAAAUAUGUCUGUUGUUUAUUCCUCUGUACUUUCAGUUCCAACGGACUUUUUCAUGGAGUUAUUCAGUGGUAAUGAACUUGAUCGUAAGAUCAUGGAGAAAGUCGGUUGUCUUAAUUAUUCUUUUAGUCCCUGGGAAUCUGAGAAGCCUGAUGUGUAUCAGAGGCAACUUUAUUAUAAAUUUGACAAGUGUAUAUCCCGUUAUAGAGGUGAAGUGACGAGCACGCAGCAGAAGUCUCGCCUUUCUGAUAAAAAUGGUUGGCUCGUAGAAGAGGUCAUGACUCUUCACGGAGUUCCACUGGGUGAUUUUUUCAAUCUUCACCUGAGAUACCAGGUUGAGGUUGUCCCCUCAAGAUCAACAAGAUGCAACGUUCAGGUACAUCUGGGAAUUGCUUGGUUGAAAUGCUCGAGACAUCAAAAAAGGAUCACGAAAAACAUAGUUUCUAAUCUGCAAGAGCGCCUAUUAGUCAUGUUCAGCGGAGUUGAGAAGGAAUAUCUCUCAAAAUCUGAUCCCGUCGUGAUCUAGAGGGGUCCUUUGGCUUUUGCAAACCCUCGGAAGGACUAAUUAUCGCCAAUGUACACAAUCCCUGUUGAUCCUCAUCCACCAAAUUUUCGCUGAAGCAAUGUUGUUGUAUAAUAGUUCAUGAGUCACUAACACUGGUAGGAAGAAGCAAAAUGUGUAAAAAAAAAAAAUACACUAUGGAGCUCAGUGUAUGGUUGAAGAUGUCACGAAUACUCGGUCAAGACAGUGAUCUCCCAGUCGCAACGUUUGGAUACAUGCUUAAAUUUUUAGUAUGAUACUGUCUUAGCUAGUUUGGAAUUGAGGUGUAGUUAUUGUAUGACAUCUUACGUUAAAGUAGUUUCGUGACCAUAAUAUUUUUUGACAUUAAACAACUUUCAUUACUUCAAACUCCGCGAUGAGGAGAAAUUUUUUGUUAUGUACAUAAUACUACUACUUAUUGUAGGAUUUGAUAGUUCUUUGGAUGUCCAAUGUAUUCUGUCAUUUGGCCAAGUAAAAAACCAUUCAUGCCA